AUGUGCCUUAGUCGUGAGGUUGUUGGCCCCCAAACGGCCAGUGUUUCGGAUAUUUUGGUCAAGUUUGGAAGAUAUCAAAUAUUGCAAUACACUCUGGUCAGUUUACCUAUACUUUUUCUAUCUAUAAUUAAUGUUAAUUAUAUAUUUGUUGCUGGUGAUGUCAAAUACAGAUGUCGGAUAUCGGAAUGCGAUUCAUCAAAUGCAACAUACUCCGUCCCCUGGUUUCCGAACAACAUCGACCCAUGCACCAAACCUAUUAUAAACCACACUUACCUAACAAGUGGUAUAUGCACGAACAGCAGUUUUACGGGGGCUGUAGAAAAAUGCACGGAUUGGAUUUAUGAGAACCAUGACACUAUAAUCCCAGAGCUCAACUUAGCAUGUAAACCUUGGAAGAAGAAUUUGGUGGGAUUAGUCCAUAGCGCUGGAAUGGCCUUGGCGAUGCUUAUUGGUGGCGUGAUGGCUGAUCACUUGGGUCGCAAAAAUACUUUGAUUAUUUGCGGUCUAGGAUGUUUCAUAGGCAACUUCAAGACUCUGGCGUCGAACUAUAACUUAUAUAUAUUUAUAGAGUUUUUAGAAGCUGUAAUUUCCGGAGGAGUAUACACAUCAGGGGCUGUUUUAAUGGUUGAAAUUGCGGGCUUAAAUAAAAGAGUCCUUGCUGGAGUAUUAUUCUCAUAUUCAAUAUAUUCGGGAGAAGCAAUAUUUGCAUUAGUCGGAAUGGUAGUGCCGUAUUGGAAAACACUAAUCUAUAUAAUUUGUUCCCCACCUAUAAUAUUUCUUUCCUACUUUCUAGUAGUAAAUGAAAGUCCUCGAUGGCUUAUCCUAAAGGGAAAAAAUGAUCAGGCAAAAGAAGUUUUGAAAUCAAUGGCCAAAAGUAAUAAAAUUAAUAUUGAUUUUGAAGAUUUAUAUAAUAUGGAUGAAGAGAAACUUAAAUCUAUGUUCAACCUCGGAGGACCCGUAAAGAAACAAACACUUAUUGAGGCCUUCAAGAGCAGAGAAAUAGCAAUAAGAUUUUUAGUUGCAGCUUACUGCAGAUUUGCUUGUAGUUUUGUGUAUUACGGACUCUUGAUUAAUUCUGUGGUACUGCCAGGAGACAAAUACACAAACUUCUUUUUGGCAGCUAUGAUGUCAUUUCCUGGUGAAUUAAUAAGUAUGUUUCUUAUGAAUAAAAUUGGCAGAAAGUUACCAUUGAUAUUUGGAUUUCUAUUGGGUGGGAUUUCGUGUAUCGUAUCUGGAUAUGCCACACAAACAUGGCUGAAAAUUUUCCUGUUUUUGUUGGGGAAGCUGGUAGCAUCGUCAUGUUAUACAGGAGUCGUUACUUACACUGUUGAGUUGUUUCCAACAAGCGUUCGUGGAUCGCUCAUUGGGUUGUGCGCUCUUGCAUCAGCAUUCGGAAACAUGUUGUCUCCUCUUACUCCUGCUUUGUCUCCCGCCACUGCUUCAAUUUUUUUCGGAUGCGCGGCGUUCUUAGCAAGCUGUCUUCUGUGCCUCACUCCUGAAACCAAAGACACUCCUCUCCUGGACACUAUUGAACAAAUUGAUAACAAGAAACAGAGGAGUGAUAAAUAA